AUGCUCUCUCCUUUUCAAGAACCUGUUAAAUGGGAUCACACCCCUGAAAGCCUCAGCGAAGAGGCGGAUGCGGCCAUUGCGCGUUUCAAGCGUGCGCUGGAUAACGUCGCGUCGUUAAAACCAGAAGAAUGCAAUUUUGAAUCUGUCUUCGUUUUCAUCGAAUCUGAGCAAAGCACAUACAAUGCAAGCAUCGACGUGCUUACAUUUUAUCAAAACGCGUCUGGGUCCCAAGCGCUCCGAGAAGCGUCCAGCAAGGCAGAUUCGCGUUCUCGGGACUUUGAGGUUGAGCGCUCCAUGCGGAUGGAUGUGUUCAAUGCAAAGAUUGCUGCAGAGAAGAAUAUCAAGGCAGAAGAAGGGAAAUGGGAGGAAAUAGGCCUUGAGGGUAGAAGGCUUGUCGAAAAAAUGGUGUUGGAGGGAAAGAGGGCUGGCUUAGGCCUGCCGUCGGAAAAGCAGGAUGAGCUUAAAAUGCUGAAAAAAGAGUUGUCGCAAGCGACGUUGGAGUUUAUGAAAAACUUCAACGAAGAGAAUGGCAGUAUAUCCUUCACUAAAGAGGAGUUGAAAGGCGUCCCUGAGGGCACGUUAUCCGGGUAUAGUAAACGCACCGUCACCUCUGUCAAUGAAUCGGGCGAGGAGAUAGAGACGGAACAGUACAUUGUAUCGUUCAAGGGUCCCGACUAUUCACCAGUAAUGGGGUUCGCAGAGAACGCAGCUACGCGUAAACGGAUACAUGAAGCCGUUUCUUCGCGACUUGCUGUCAACGUUCCUAUCAUUUCUAAAAUCAUAAAUCUCCGCCGCAAGAUAGCCUUGUUACUUGGAUACAAAAACUGGGCUGAUUAUGUCACUGACGACCGGAUGAUCAAGUCGGGUAAAGCCGUCGAAGAGUUUCUCGACGGCCUGGCUACGAGCCUUCUCCCCUUCGGGCAAAAGGAGCGAGAUACACUUCUCGCCAUAAAACAAGCCGAUUAUGCAUCUAGAAAUCUCCCGCUAGACGAUGCAGAGAAAGACAAAUUUUACGUGUGGGACAAUGGAUACUACGGUCGUUUGCACACUGAGCAAACGUUGAAGAUCGACGCUCAGGCUGUGAAGGAACACUUCCCGGUAGAGAAGGUCGUGCCGGUUGUACUGGAGAUUUAUCAGGAUAUGUUCAGAGUCAAGUUUGUGCGGCUGGAAGGAGCGAGUGUGUGGCACCCAGACGUUCAAGCGUAUGCUGUUUGGGAGAAGGACGCUGCGGACGGUGAGACGGGAUUGAUUGGUUACACAUAUUUGGAUCUAUACCCCCGUCCUGGAAAGUUCUCGCAUAUAGCAGUCUGGCCUCUGGUUCCGGGACGUAUUCUCCCUUCCGGGCAGCGACAGUACCCCGUAAACGCGAUGCUCGCCAACCUUGCUAGUCCGAAUGCGAACACUGGAGCUGCAGCAUUGAUGCGGCACCAUGAUGUUGUGAUGUUCUUCCACGAAAUGGGACAUGUUUUCCAUGAUUUGAUGAGUAGGACGAAAUAUGGCAGGUUCCAUGGCACUACGUGUUGGGAACCAAAGAUUUUAAAGAAAAUAUCAAGCCAUUAUCAAACGGGAGAGCCUAUACCCGACGAAUUGGCAGAGAGUCUUGCAAAGAGCCGCCUCCAGGACCGCGGUCUGUUUUAUCUUCAACAAAUCUUUAAUUCAAAGUAUGAUUUGAAAGUGCAUUAUGAUUGUGAUCAACUCGGGUCCCCGGAGGCGUAUACCGCCUUGUGGAAUAAGAUCUAUGGGGAGACAUUGCCCUUAGAUUACGACCAGGAAUGUCCUGGUCACUGCGCAUUUUCGCAUCUCGCUAGCGGAUACGAUGUGGGAUAUUACGGCUAUCAAUACUCUCAAGUCUUUGCAGCAGAUAUGUAUGCUACUAUUUUCAAGAGUGAUCCAUUGGACCCCUCCCGUGCCAAACUGUAUCGAGAAAAGAUCCUUAUCCCAGGAUCUACUCGUGACGAGCUCGAUAUUCUCGAGGAAUUCUUGGGACGCCCCCCUAAUAAUGAUGCUUUCAAGAGGCAACUAUUCGGAUCGACUGGGUAA